AUAAAAAAAUUGAAAUAAAUGAAUACAAAAUGAAUAAAUGAAAUAGAAAACUAACAUUAAGCAUGAACGUAUAGAUAUUGUCAAUGACAUUGAGUGAGAAAGGGAUAUAGCACAAUAACAGUAGAUUGGUGUGCGUUUGUGACGUCACAUAAAGCUGCCGGUGUCAUGUGAUCUCGGGCUCCACCUGCUGGAGGAGUCCGGUACCGCACGGCGCCAUAUUGGAGAGACUUUACCGCUGCCGACGGAGUCACGGAAGGGGACUCUCCAGGUGACAAGGCGCUGCGGCCGCGGCAGGUAAUCCGCCACUCGGCUCGCUGCUGUCUGCGGGACAACGAGUCGCUGAGGCCAGGCUGCUCUCCGCCUCCCGGGCCGCAGACAUGACUUCCCUGGUGCAGCGCAGCUCGGGCCUCGUGCAGCGGCGGACCGACAGAGAGCGUCCGCCCGGCGAGGAGGACGAAGAGCCGCGGCGGGGAGACGAGCCGGACGACGAAGACACCGGGGACUCGAAAGAAACGCGCCUCACCUUGAUGGAGGAGGUGCUGCUGCUGGGCCUGAAGGACCGAGAGGGCUACACCUCCUUCUGGAACGACUGCAUCUCGUCGGGGCUGCGCGGCUGCAUGCUGAUCGAGCUGGCGGUGAGGGGCCGCCUGCAGCUGGAGGCCUGUGGCAUGAGGAGGAAAGGCCUGCUGGCCAGGAAGGUGAUCUGUAAGUCCGACGCUCCGACGGGCGACGUGCUGCUGGACGAGGCGCUGAAGCACAUCAAGGACACCCAGCCGCCGGAGACGGUGCAGAGCUGGAUCGAGCUGCUGAGCGGUGAAACGUGGAACCCCCUGAAGCUCCACUACCAGCUGAGGAACGUCCGCGAGCGCCUGGCCAAGAACCUGGUGGAGAAGGGCGUGCUGACCACGGAGAAGCAGAACUUCCUGCUGUUCGACAUGACCACGCACCCGCUGACCAACAACCCCGUGAAGCAGCGGCUCAUCAAGCGCGUGCAGGAGGCCGUGCUGGACCGCUGGGUGAACGACGCCCAGCGCAUGGACAAGCGGCUGCUGGCGCUCAUCUUCCUGGCGCACUCGUCCGACGUGCUGGAGAACGCCUUCGCCCCGCUGCUGGACGAGCAGUACGACCUCGCCAUGAAGCGCGUGAGGCGGCUGCUGGAGCUGGAGCCCGAGGGCGAGAGCGUGAAGGCCAACGCCAACGAGCUGCUGUGGGCCGUCGUGGCCGCCUUCACCAAGUGAGGCGCUGAACUCUGAGCGCGGACACGGGACGGAGCCCGCCUGGACUCUGGGGCGGGCCGCCAUCUGUUCUCCUCUCCCUCCGCCAUUUUAUUUUCCCAUCCUGAUGAAUGUCCCCCCCCCCCCGUUCACUUUUUACUAAAACAUAACUCUCAUGGAGCGAAGAGGUCGGGGUCAUCUGUCGGCAGCGCUUCGGUCUGUUUCUCUGCGCUCCGGGGUCCAAUGGGAUCGCAGUGUGGGGGUGAGAGGGCGUUGCCGCGUUCGUUGACUUUCAACUCGAAGCACGAGAAGAAAAGCAAGAAACUCCGAGUCGAUAAAUCCAUCCAAAUGAUAGACGUGUAUCUAUAUAUAGAAAAUGUAUAGAUACACGUGUAGAUGGAUAGACCACAGAGACCUGCCCGUCUCUAGACGGCCCCGGGACUGAAGUGGACCCGGCCCGGGGGGAGAAGGACCGGAGACUCCUGGAGGUCGAAGAGGUGGAAGUUGGCUCCAUCAAAUAUUUUUUUUAAAUAAAGUAAAGCCAAACUAUCAGCUUCAUUAGACUUGUUACGGGCAUUCGGGGGAGGGGGGGAGACGGGAGGAGGCGGGAGGAGACGGCCUCCAAACCUGGAGUUGAAGGGAUGGAUAUAGAAACAAUGGAGGGAAUGAUAAACAGCCCGUUGUCAUCGAUCAGACCUCCAGAGGUUCCUCUGGUCACUAGCAUGACGAGAGCAGUGAGAUAUCUGAUAAGUGAUCGAUCAAUAACCUGUCAGAUGAGAUGAGCAGCUCGUGGUCCCAGCUGCUCAUCAUGAGGUCACAUGUCAGCGCCUGGAGGCCCGCUCCACGUGGCUGAUCGGUGGAAUGUAUAAAUAGAUUUUACAUAUUUUAUCUGUACAUUAUUUUGCAUAUAUCGUUUUAACAAGUCCACAAUAUGUCCGAGGAUGUGAGGAUUGGUGAAAAGGGCAUUUUAGCGAUUAAAACAUAAUUCUAUU